CUUCUCCAGUAACAUUUUCUCCAAUUCUCCGGUACAUUGUGCACUAAUUCCGCUGACACACCUUGGGCUCAAACUCAAACUGGCCAGAAAUAAACAUGGCCGCUUUGGGACGUUUAAAUUUACCAAAAGCUCUUCGAGAAAUUCGGAUUCAUUUGUGCCAGACGUCGAAAAGCAGCCAAGGAGUUAGAGAUUUCCUAGAAAAGUACUAUGUUGGAUUGAAGAAAGAAAACCCAAAAUUUCCAUUCUUAGUAAGGGAAUGCAGUGGUAUCCAACCAAAAAUCUAUGCCCGUUAUGGCUUUGGAAAUGAGACCAGUGUUUCUCUGGCUGAUAAAAAUUGUGAUGAGGUUUUGCAAGAAGUGGAUAAAUUAGUUAAAGCAGAGAAAUAAUUUUAGAAAUUAUUUGUUAUUGAUUUUGAUAAGGUUGAAAUAUUUAUGCUGGGUGAUGUGCUAAGAAUGUGUUCAUA